AGUAUAUAUAUGGUAAGUGUUCGUUAUUAUAUGUCAACACAUUAUUUCUAAACGUAGGUCGCAGUUGUCAAAGCUACAUAAACGAUGAUAACGUUGGCAGUUAUACUCUUAUCUUUUAUUGCUUUAUAUUUUUAUAAUAAAAGAACAUUUAAUUAUUGGAAGAAGAAAAACGUUAAGCAUGACAAACCAGUGGCUUUCUUUGGAAACAAUAAAGAAGGAUUCUUCAUACAGAAAAGCAAGGUGCAGCUCAAUACAGAAAUGUAUAAUAAGUAUUCGAACGAGAGAGUGGUUGGUUUCUACAGAGGAACGAAACCAGAGUUAAUUAUUAGAGACCCGGAACUAGUGAAACGUAUUCUGGUUACUGACUUCGGUUCUUUUUUUUAUCGCGGAUUUCUUCCAAACAAAGAUGUGAUCGAACCUACUCUGCGUCAUUUGUUUGCUUCAGAGGGAGACCUGUGGAAGAUGUUGAGAACACGAAUGAGCCCAGUAUUUACAAGCGGCAAGCUAAAAGUCAUGUUCCCACUGAUUGUGGAGCACGCAGAGAAUCUGCAGUCACGAAUUUCCAAAAUUGCAUCUAGCGAAAAAAGUUCUGAUGCGAAAGAAUUGAUGGCGAGGUAUGCAACUGAUUUUAUUGGUGCUUGCGGUUUCGGCUUAGAAGCGGAUUCAAUUAACAAUGAAAACUCCUAUUUCCGAAAACUUGGUUACAAAAUAUUUGCACCAGGUCUAGUAGAUGCUAUAAUUGCAGUAUCAAAGGAUAUGUUUCCAGAAUUAUGUAAAAAUUUAAAGUUUUUCUCUAGAAUCGAAGAUGAGGCCAAACAACUGGCACAAGACAUUCAAAAAGCGAGAAAUUAUCAACCAGUUGGAAGAAAUGACUACGUAGACAUGAUGCUUGCAUUAAAAAAUCAAGGAACUAUAAAAAUCGAAUCAAUUGAAAAAACGAAAUCAGAUGGGUCCCCAGAAUUGGUCUCGAUACAGUUUGAUGAUGACAUUUUUAUGGCACAACUGAUUUUGUUUUUCGCAGCUGGGUUUGAAACGUCGUCGUCCUCUUCAAGUAUGACAUUACAUUUAUUGGCUUAUCAUCCAGAUAAACAAAUAAAAGUCCAAGAGGAUAUCGACAGAGUAUUAGCUAAGUAUAAUAAUAAACUUUGUUAUGAUGCAGUUAAAGAUAUGGCAUACUUAGAAAUGGCAUUUAAAGAAUCAAUGAGGAUAUUUCCUCCACUUGGCUAUAUAUCUAGACAGUGUACAAAGGAUUACACUUUUACAGAUAUGAAUUUAACGAUAAAUAAAGGUGUUAACGUUAUGAUCCCGAUUCAAGCUUUGCACAUGGAUCCUAAGUAUUGGGACAAACCCGAAGAGUAUCGGCCAGAAAGAUUCCAAUCCGAUAAUGAACAUAAGGAUGUAUAUUUACCAUUUGGAAAUGGUCCACGAAAUUGUGUUGGUACGCGUCUAGGGCUCAUGCAAGCCAUGGCUGGAUUAGCUGCAGUGCUCUCAAAAUUUACAGUUGAGCCCGCUCCGAACUCUAAGCUUCGGCCAGUAAUAGACCCAAAGUCUGAAGUAGUUCAAGGCAUAGUUGGAGGUCUACCGUUGAUAUUCCGCGAAAGGAAUAAAACUAGAAUAUAAAUAAGUCAGUUGAUAAAAUUUGAUUUUAAGAAACCAACAGUUUAACACACACACAGAGAGAGAGAAAAAUUUAUAGACGUAAGAAAAGCAAAUUUAAAGCGAAAAGUAAACGAGAUACACCUAAUAAGAGCGCGUGACCAUAAUGGAAUAUAGAUAAAAUACUCGUAAUGUUAUCAUCGAGUUGUUUUUGUAAAGUUUUAGCAUCUAAUUAUUUUGUUUUUUAAUUCGUGUUAUUGUAAAAAAAUAUUAAUUAAUCGAAUGUAUUCAACAUUAGCAUAAUUGUAAUAAUAUAUUGUAUUUAAAUUCUACAUUUACUAAUGCUUCUACUUAUUUUUUUUUUUCGUAGCUCUUCGUGAUCAUUAAAAAAGUUAUUGCGAAUUCAAAAUUAUGAAUAGUUUUUUUUUUUCUAGUAGAUUAUAUUAUUAAUAUUGGAACGUAAUAUAAGUAAAUAAUUUCUUUAUAUCCUUUUUUUAUUUAUAUUAAUUCCAAUCAAUUAUUAUUUGUAUGUGACAUUAUUGAUCUGUUAAAUUUUUGUAUAUUUGUAAGUUUGUACUCUUAAAAAUAUAUUAUAUAUUGACAUAUAAAAUAUAUUGACAUAAUUAACUAAUUCAAUGUAACAAUUAAUAUGUAUUUAGAAUAAUUAUUUGGACAUAUGUAAUUGAUAAACUUUUACUUUAAAAUGUUAGCCACUAAAAAUUAACUAACAUGUGCUAAGAUAAAAUUUGCAUGCCUUUAGAUAAGGCGAAAUGUGUAGCUCAGUUACCAUUUAAGACCUUUGUACCACAUUUCGAGCAAAUAAAUUAUUAUUAUUAUUAACAUAUUCAACACAAUGUAAUAUUGUUAUUGAAUAAAUUGAAUUGAAUUGAAUAUA